GGAAAAUUUUCAAUUUUUGUAAACUAUGGAGGCCAGUUCGUUAAUUGUGGAACUUCUGUUGAGUACUUAGGUGGUAAAUUUAAAACAGUUCAUGGUUUAGAUGUGGAUAGGUUUGGGUAUUUUGACUUAAAAGAAGUAGUUGAGAAGCUGGGGGUUGAAAAGUUUGAAAAACUUGUAUACAGAAUACCAAGGAACAAUGGAGCAGAUAUGUUUAAAGUAGAGGUUUAUGUAGUAGGGGAAAUUAUAGAAGAAGAUAACAGUGAAAAUGAAGCUAGUGUUGAAAGUGCACCAAGGGAGGAGGAACAAUUUGACAUUGAUUCAUAUAUAGACAAUUUCUCUGAUCCUAAGAAUCAUUCUGAUCCUAAGAAUCCUAAUGAUAAAGAUGGUGAUGUUGAUACAGAAGUGAGGAAUAACCUAAAGACUCCACAGUUGCCUACUUCCAAUGUGGGUGACUGU